GUCUCAUUUGGCUUUAAUUCACGGGUUUCGGAAGAGAUUUUUCGCCAAUACACUGCUGAAGUAUGCUUCUGCACUGUUACUUCUCUGUUUUUUCAAAGAAAGAAAAGUAAAGCUCGUAAUUUAGCAAAAUUCGUUCGAUAUAUCGAUGUUUGUUUACUUCCUGGGAGGAAUCACCUUAAACCGGCAACACCAAUACUGACAAACGAAGGUUCAUCAAUUUUUCAGGAGGACAAGGAAAAUUCCAUUCAAAAGAGCCUUUCGUUUUAUUUCCCGGUGAGAAGUCGAUUCAUCAAAUAAAUCGAUUUUUUCAAUAAUCGAAAAAAAUCGACACCGUAAAGGUUCGAUUAAUUAUUAUUUUAUUAUUUUUCGCUUAAAUCGUGCACGUCUAUACUCUAGGGGAAUCCCCACGGUGACGUCACGACUUAGCGGCUCUACGGCAAGCGCAUGUAACCAUGGCAACCGCUGUAAACACAACAAUUCCCCUGUGCACAGCUCGACAUCUUAUUCUCAUCAUCAUAAUAAUAAUUCAGCACCCUGCUUUAUUUUUCUUAUGUGAUAUCAACUCAAUCGAAAUAAUUCAACGAUCUCGGUAACUGUUCACGUGAAGUAGAUAAUCAUACUUAAAAUAAAAUGUUAAAGCACCAGUAAUAAAUUGUUAAAACUCCACACUAACUUAUUUGUUCAUGAACUAACAUCCGCCGACUUGUUUUGAAUGGAUCAUGCGUAUUAAUAUCAAGAGCAAGCAUGCGAAAAUCUCGUGUUUAUACUAAUAUAAAAAUAUCCGGGGUUUUUAAUAGUAAAUAGUUAGUAAUAGUACAAGUAAAAGUUAGUAAUAGAGGGGGGAGGGGUUAAAUAGUUUUAAGGAACAAGGGCUCAUUUGUUUCCAGCAUUUUUCCAUAUUCCCAUUCGUAAACACUCGCGAGUGCUGUUGAAGUGAUACUUUGCAAUGUACGAUGAGAGCAUAGAGGUGACAAAUGCAGAGGAGGUGCGCAGUCCCUCACCUCAGAGUAACGAUAGUAUGAAAGAGAAACCUGGACCACAAGAUGAGCGGAAGAAAAACCCGCCAUCAAAAAGUACAUCUCUUCAAAAACAAAACAGCAAAUCAGAGAAUACCUUCUCAACGGAAACGAGAAAGGAUCUGGGUCGGGGUUCCCUUGAGAUGGGCAAAAGAGGAUCCGCCUCUUUGCUCAAGGACAGCCAGCUCCUCUCGUUUCACGGACGCGACGAUGACGAGGACGACGAUGAUGAUGACGAUGAUGACGAGGAUGAUGAUGACGACGUCGAGGCCCCAAAAAUCGAGGGGAUGUACGAUCCUAGGGAGUAUGAAAAUUUACCAGUGCCUCAGGAACUGAAGGAAAUUUUCUCCUACAUUACAAAGUAUACUCCCCAAACGAUCUCGCUGGACUACAAACUCGAGCCAUUCAUACCUGACUACAUACCUGCAGUUGGGGACAUCGACGCCUUUUUGAAAGUCCCCCGGCCCGACGGCAAGGAAGACCAACUCGGUUUGAUCGUGUUGGACGAACCAUGCGCGAACCAAAGUGAACCGGCCGUGCUCCAACUACAACUCCAAACGAUGUUGAAACAACCAACAGUCCUACCGACGGUUGUGAAGAAAAUCGACGACCCGGCGAAAAAUGCGAAAGUGAUCGAUCGAUGGAUAAAGGAUAUAGGUGAUCUCCACAAAACGAGGCCGCCCCCUACAGUGCAUUAUACGAGACCGAUGCCAGAUAUUGACAGUUUGAUGCAAGAAUGGCCACCAGAGCUGGAACAGAAAUUGAAUCAAGUAGGACUCCCGUUGGACGAAUUGGAUUGCGACCUGCCGACCCUGAUCGAUGUCAUAUGCGGUAGGCUUGUUCGAUAUACCACAGUACGGAUCCCGCAUUGAAUCACUUCAUGUCCUGUUCACAUUGUAUUCGGCAAUCAAGAAUUCCCAAUUCAGCCAGCCCAACAAUCUUUCCUGAUCGGAGAGAGACGUAUCAUGCUGUUCUAGUCACAGGCUCUUUUCUAUGUAAUUAGCCUGUGCGGAUUUACUGGCCCAGGAGACUAUCGCUUGCUGACGUUCCGGCAUUUUUUUCUCUUUUGAACUUUUUUAAAAAUGGUCAACGAAUUAUGAACAGAGCCAAUUAGUUCCAUUACCAAAUGGCAUGUAAUGGGCCUGAAACGUCCUAGUUUAUUUAUUCGAUUUCCUUAGCCUUCACUGGAAAAAAACACAGUGAAUCUAGAAUUCAGACUCUUAAAAACAUCGACAAGAAAAAAUACUCUUGGUUCGAUCAGAUCUAAGCUUAAAUCAAGAACCAAGCCUCUUAAUUUGAGCGGAUUUCCUUUUGAUUUAAGCUUAAAUCUUUUUUUUUAUUUUUUGGUCUUUUUUCUCGAAAUGAAGGAAACUACAUCCAAAGAGGGUCUCAAGGAGGUGUCCUGGAUGAAUGUGUGUAUUUAUGCGUAAACUAAGUGUUAUGAAAAUUUGCCUUGAAAUGUUUCCAAAAAUAAAACUUAAAAGACCACACCA